UCAUCGAUCCACCCGUGAACCAUUAUGUGCCCAUGACACACAAACACACACAGCUACCUGAAGACAGAAAAGACAAUAAUAUUAUCCUUCACCGUGUCAUUUCGUGCCGUUAUGUCUGAGACGCGCUGCCUCCUCUCGCCAUGCCAGAUCUUUCGGGGUGCCUGCUUCUCGCCGCGGUGCUGAUUUUCUUCGAGGAUGGGUGCGUGAGGAGAGCGGAGGGUGGGAUGCUCUCCCACGGCCUCGCCUCGCUGUCGUCGGAGGACAAUGCCAACGACACACAGACGUCCCCGCUCAAGGGACAGAAGGAUGCGACGGUUCCUCCAUCAGAGUCACUCCUGAGUCUGAAGGUUUGGGUGAAGGAUGCAUCCACCCAGAGGUUCCUGAAAGGAGCUCUGGUGGGUGUAUUUGUAAACGGAUCUCACAUUCACUCCAGCCAGACUCUGGAAAACGGAGAUGUCACUGUCACUGUCCCGUACCACCUUGGCAUGACCCUCACUUUGGUGGCCAGCAUGGAGGGUUAUGUACUCACCCAGUUGCCUUGGAAAACCACUAAGAUGCCCAUUUUUUCCGUCAUUACGAUGUCUCUGCAUCCUCAAACACAAGGGAACAUCUGGCUCUUUGAGGAUACUGUGCUGAUAACGCGAAAAACAUCUGAUAUUGCGUUUCAACCAAGUGUCCAGUUUUCCAAAAGCCUCCUCAAACUGUCUGAGAACACCACCAUCUCAAUGCUGUCAGCAUAUCUGACAGCUCCAGCCCUGCCUACAGAAAAAGCCAAUUUCUUUACUCUAAGCCUGAGCGGUAAAGGAGGUUACAGGAAUGUCAAGUUGAGCCCCUUGGUUAUGAUCACUGCCCAACUAGUGUCUAAUGGAUAUGAGGUUGACAUCAGAGGACCCAUUCAGCUCACAGUACCACUUCCUUACCACACCUACCUACGGCCCUCGAACUCACUUCCUGCGUGGACCUUCAACAUGACCACAGGCACCUGGGUGAAUAAAGGUGUAGGCACAGUUCGGAUGGACAAAAAUGGCCUGGUCUGGACUUACAUAGCACCUCAUCUUGGCAACUGGAUUGCUGCCCCAUCACCAUCCUCAGGUUAUAUGGGACAUGCAAGCUCAAUGGAUUUCAUUUCCUACCACACAUACCUUCUUGUGGGUAUCUUGGGAGGAACUUUUGUGAUAGUCAUUGGAUUUUUAUCUGUGAUUGUAUUACACUGCAGAUAUUUAAACCAUGAGGCUGGAAGAAGGCGAUGGAAUUCCACCAGGCUCACAGUACUUAAGAAAGACCAGACCACCUCAACCAACUCCGAUGAGGCUCAAGAAAUUUUCUUUCGUAAUGGUGACCGGUCUUACUCACUGGCUGCAAGAGGCCAUGAAUCAUCAGACUCCCCACGACACCAAGCAAGCUACAACAUUUAUGUGGAAAAUGUUGGUCGGCCAGUAGGCAAUCUGUAUGAGAACAUUGGAGCUGUGGGAUUAGAAAGCCUUAGAACCCCAGUGACAAAUCUCUAUGUUAAUAGUAAUGAAGUGGCAAAGCUUCGAGAGAAACUGGAACAGAAUUCCUCACGUCAGGACGUUACAGAGAAUGUAAUUUUCAAAGAUAAGCUGUUCCAUAUCUAUAACCAGCCAGUGGCUAUUGUACAGGCCCCAGAGCUCUUUAAUUCCCAGGGACAGCCUGAUGCUUCUGGAAGCAGAUCUGCCACUUUCCCACGGAAUGGCAUGGAGCAUGGAGCUCAGACAGAGCAGAACUUAAAAGACAGUUUCACACAGACGCUUCCUAAAGUCCCCCAGCAAGACAGCGAUGAGCAGCAGGUUCUGGAAGGAGCGCAGGCAGCAGCCAUUAACCCAGGCCUAUGGGGCCGCUACAGUCAUCUCCUGGAAUCCGUGUCUGUCCCGGGAACUUUGAAUGAAGCAGCUGGAAUGGGGCCUUUUCGAGGGGAACUCCAGGGAAUAUCGGAGCAAACAUUGUUGGACCUUUCCAAAGGCAAGCCCUCUAUUCACCCAGCCCGGGCCUGGUUUGUAUCUCUAGAUGGUAAACCUGUGGGCCAAGUUCGUCACUCUGUGAUCGAGCUUCAGGGCAGACAUCGUCCAGGCAGCAGCAAUGACACAAGCUUGGAUUCUGGAGUGGACAUGAACGAGCUGCAGCAGCCUCCACGGAAAAGUGAGCAGCCCUCGAGUGCUAGCAUGGCUAAAAUAAGUGGACAUCAGGAGCAGGACUUGAGCAGCAGUGAAAUUGGGAGUCCUGAGGAUGUGUCCCGGAGGAAUACCCUGGAGGGCAGCAGUGCAGCCAUUCCCAACAUCCCAGAGGACAGGGAUGCAGGAGACACCUCUAGUGAAUCCAAAUCUACCCCUCCGCCAAGGAGGCUGCGGAAGGUUCGAGACAAGAAGCCAGAAAAGAAGACAUCUCGACAUAUGAGGGACGAGGGACCACAACUGAAACACUAGCUGAAUAACCUGGUGUAACUGUAGCUUUUGGUGUCUGAAAAUUGGUUUUAAACAAAUUGCCUUAUUAUAUAAACACCAGGAAGAAUGGUUAAAUUAAAAAUGCCUGCCGUAGCUCCAAGUUAACUCUAAGUUGGCUGUAUCCAGCAUUUUUGCUGUUCAAUUGAACACAAUUUCACAACCAUACUAUACAAUGUGUUUUUACAAACUACUUUGAAAGAACAUAUUUGUUUACCUUCAGAAGUACAUUGUAAAAGUAUGUAUACAAGUACAUAUUUUUAAACAUCUGUUGCCCCAUGAGCACAAUGCUUGUACCCACUAUACUACUCCAGUGCUCGUGAUGAGUCUGCAUUUUAAACAGCAGUUUAAAUGUGAUUAGUUUGGAUCGCUUGACUUGUUGGAAAUCAGUUUCUGUUCUUCUGCUCAGAUCUUCAUGUAUUCAAUGUAAUACACAAGGAACUGCCACAGAGUGCCAUGAAUAUAAUAUGAUAAUAGAAUAAAAUUGUGAAAAACUGAGCACUGUCAUCAUAAAACAAACCUAAGCACUCUAUAUGCUCCAAUGCACCAGUGUUACAUAGACACAGUGUUUUCUGGGUUUUUGGAGGGCCUUUCAGGUCAUAUGCUUUUUUUGAUGCACUGUGCUAAUUUAAUAUAUUAUUAUUAUUAGUCAUGUUUGCAUGCCUUCCAUUGUGAUACUUUUACCAUUCAAUGUUUUCAUGUGUCAGAAUGCAGUACCUAUAAACAUUGAAGAUAUGUCUCAGGUUAUGCCUUGUAUUACAAGGCCAUGAACCUAGCAUAUGUGCACAUGUGUUUUGUGUGAAAUAUUUCUUCACAAAUUUACAACAAAUCAUUAUAAACUCAUGUACUGAAUGUGUUGGAUCUUUUGUAGCUUUGUUAUUUUUUGACCAUUUAUUGUAAUUGACUAUGUAUAAUUGAGAGCUACAAUGAGAUGCUAGUUUGUUGUCAGGCAGCAAAUUAAAAUAAAUAGAAUUUAGGAGGAGAAACUGAGUUUCACAUUUUAAAAUUAUGGAUGACUGAUAGAGAUUAUUUGUGUCAAAGUUUUUAAAACAAUUUGUUAUAUUGUAGCAAUUAUUAUUUAAUUAUUUGUAAUAUGUUUAAUGACUUCAACACAAUAGUUUAAAUGGCUCAUGAGCCGUUUCAUGAAUGCUUUACAAUACAGCUUGUAAUCUGCAUAUUUGUGCACAUUUAAUAAAGGUACUAA